UACGAAUGAUAGAGCUGCACCCAUCUCCAGCUUUCUCCAUUUCAUUUGUGUCUGGAUGCAUGCUUGGAAUUUACACCAGAGACUAUAUACAACUUGUACUUUGGUGCAAGUAACAGUCUGAGAAAUACAGUUCAGGAUCUUCUUUAUUUGCCAGUGAUGAUUAGAAGAUAAUGGGACUGUUUGAACUUUUUUUGUUCACAGCUGUGGUCAGCUACAUCUCUGCUUCUACAGAAGUCUGCACCAAUUCCCUUCUACCAGGAGCUAAAGGAGACCAAGGUGAGAUUGGAGAUGGGGGAGAUCAAGGAAAACUGGGGAAGGAUGGACCAUCAGGACUUCCAGGAGUGCCAGGAGAAAGUGGGCUGAAAGGAGAGGUGGGCCAAGCAGGGAAGAUGGGGCCAACUGGAGACAAAGGUGAUAAGGGUGACCCAGGCAUGGAAGGACCACAUGGUUUAAAAGGGAAACAAGGUACAACAUGUGACUGUGGCAGAUACAGGAAGGUAGUUGGACAGCUGGAUGUAAACGUGGGCAAGCUGAGGAAUGCUGUCAAGUUUGUGAAGAAUGUGAUCUUGGGACUGAGAGAAACAGAGGAGCGCUACUAUCUGCUAGUGAAGGAGCCUAAGAAGUUCAGAGAGGCUUCCAUGAACUGUAAGCUAAGAGGAGGCCUGCUGGCCAUGCCGAAAACCAUCAACACCAACCGUCUCAUGGCAGACUACGUCAGUCAGGCUGGACUAACAAGAGUCUAUAUGGGGGUGCAGCCUCAAAGCAUGGACACAGAUGGAAGUAGCACUUAUGUGUUUGCAGACAGCAGCCCUCUGCAGAGUUUUGUAGCUUGGAGUCAAGAGAUUGAGCUGACUCCCAAAGUGUCUCCCACCACAAACUCCAGCUGUGUGGAGCUGCUCAGCACAGGAGCGUGGGCUCAUGUAGAUUGUGAAGCCACCAUGUUUUUCAUUUGUGAGUUCCCAAAGAGCAGCAGAAGAGGAGGAGGGGGAGGAGGAGGAAGAGGGACACCCACCCCUGCAUCAUUGUAAGUUAAUGUGACACUUAAGCCUUGAAUAGAGGUGACAUACUGAUAAUACAUUCAUUAUUCUGCCUAACCUCUUUGUAAAGUGUCCUGGGAGAACUUUUGUUCUGAAUUGGGGCUAUACAAAUAAAGAUUCAUUGAUUUAUUAUGUCAAAAUGUAAAUGUAAUGAAAAAUAACUGAAAGGAAAAUUAAACUAUG